AAAAAAAAUAGCCAACAGCCACUCUCUUUAACCUGUCUCACCAACUCACAUCUAGAAGCAAUAUUUGGUUCUUCUCUCUCUCUCUUAAGGGUCAAAGGCCCUAUAAAAUAAGACCUCAACUCGUUGUUAGACUGGCUUUGUUGUUUAAGCAACAGAACAGAAAGCAAGUAGUGUCUGAAAUAAGAUGGGAAGAUCACCAUGUUGUGAAAAAGCACACACAAACAAAGGAGCAUGGACAAAAGAAGAAGAUGAUAGAUUAAUAUCUUAUAUUAGAGCACAUGGUGAAGGUUGUUGGCGAUCUCUUCCUAAAGCAGCUGGUCUUCUCCGAUGCGGCAAAAGUUGCCGUCUCCGGUGGAUUAAUUAUCUCCGACCAGACCUUAAACGUGGUAACUUUACAGAAGAAGAAGAUGAACUCAUCAUCAAACUUCAUAGUCUCCUUGGUAACAAAUGGUCUUUGAUAGCUGGAAGAUUACCAGGAAGAACAGAUAAUGAAAUUAAGAAUUAUUGGAACACACACAUAAGAAGAAAACUUUUGAACAGAGGAAUUGACCCUGCAACUCAUAGACCUAUAAAUGAAGUUUCAAAUUCUCAUUCUCAUUCUCAGAAUCAAGAAACUGUAACUAUAGCUAUUGCUGCAUCUGCAUCAACUACUACUACUACAAUUCCUUCAUCAACAACACCAAAAACAAUAUCUUUUGCUUCAUCUAUUAAACAAGAACAAUAUCACCAUCAUUAUCAUCAUCAUCAUCAUCAUAAUAAUCAUAAUCAUGAAGAGAUGGUUAAAGGGUCUAAUUCAGUUUCAGAAAGAUGUCCUGACUUGAAUCUUGAGCUAACAAUUAGUCCUCCACGUCAACAAGAACAUGAUGAAGCAUUCAAAAACACAGAGAGAAAUCUCUGUUUUGUUUGUAGUUUGGGAUUGCAGAACAGUAAAGAUUGUAGCUGUGAGAAUACUAGUAGCAGUGGAAAACCUACUACUGCUCCAGCUUAUGAUUUCUUGGGUUUGAAAUCUGCUGUUUGGGAUUACACUGGUUUGGAAAUGAAAUGAAAUCAAAUCAACAAUUCAAAUAGCUAGUGUUGGAAAAAGAGUAUAUUAUUUCAACUGAGAGAAUUAUAUUCUUCCAUUAAUUUUGAUAAACUUUUUUUAUUUUUUUUUAUCUAAUUUGUAUAAAUAAUAUUAGUUGUUGAUGCAUAAGAUAUAUAGUAGUAGUACCAGUAUAGCUAAACAUUAUUGGCUAUUUUUUUUGCCUUGUUACUUUCAUCUAAAUUCUAAAUUCUAAUUCUUCCUGUUUCCA